AUGUUGCUCGUUUUCCUGACCCUCUUACUGACGCGGGGGGUGGAGGGCGCACUCGAACCAGGAUCGACCGUCGGAUCGACCGUCGAACCGGAUGGUAUGACGCCGUACGGCCGCGGCUGGUAUGACGACAUUUGGGAGACCGUUCACGCCGUCACGCUUCCGGAAUUUCCGAGUGACAUCGAGCUGGCGCAGGCGGAAGCGAACCAGCGGCUCCGCCAGGUGAGCCGGCGCUUCCGGGAAACGGUCGACGAUAUGCGCAGUGCCAGUGGUGACCGUCUCGACAUGGUGUUCCUGAUCGAUGCCAGUGCCAGCGUUGGGCGGCAGAAUUUCGCGGCCGAACUGCGCUUCAUGCGAAAACUGCUGGCGGACUUCGACGUGAGCCUGUACGGGACCCGCGUCGCCCUGGUGACGUUCAGUUCGCGGCGCCAUGUGGUGCGCCACGUCGACCAGAUCUCGGUGCCGUCGGCCGCCCAGGACAAGUGCACGCUGCUCCAGGAUCAACUGCCCGCGAUUCGGUACCGUGGCGGAGGCACCUUCACCUACGGUGCGAUGACCGAGGCCGAGGCCAUCUUCCGCGGCCCAACCGAACCCAAGAGGACGCAGGUGAUCUUCCUCAUCACCGACGGUUACUCGAACGGACGCAGCCCGCUGCCGGUGGCGAAGCGGCUGAAGAAAGCCGGCGUGCGCAUCUUUGCGAUCGGCAUCGAGACGGGCAACGACGAGGAGUUGGCGGCCAUGGUGACAUCUUCGGCGCACCUCUAUCUGGUCAGUAGUUUCGAGCAGUUCGAGCAGCUGGCCCGCCAGGCGCUCCAUCACGACUACCGCUUCGGUGCGGCCGCCCCGGUCGCCAACGGGACCGUGUGCAAUCGGCUGUGUGACGUGCGGAACCUGAAUGCGACGGGCGGAUGUUGCGAUGAGCUGGCCGAGUGCGGUUGUAGCACCAACUCCGGACACUACCGGUGCUCCUGCAAGCCGGGUUACACGGGCUCGGGCCUGCGCGGGGAGUGCUAUCCGUGCGCGAACGGAACGUUCUGGAACCAGGCGGGCGUGUGCGAAACGUGUCCCCAUGAGCAUCAAAUCACCCAGCGGCUCGGUGCGCUGUCGGUCCGCGAGUGCGUCUGUCGUCACGGCUACCAGCAGAACGAGGACGGGCGGUGUCAGGCGGUGACGUGCGUGGAGCUGCAGCCACCCCCGAACGGAUUCUUCGUGAUGAACCCGAAACCGUGUGGCCGGGUGCUGAACGCAGCCUGCGGAGUCCGCUGCCGCCCCGGGUACGAACUUUCCGGAACGAGCAUCCGCCUUUGUCAAGCGAACGGCACGUGGUCUGGGACCGAGGUGAAAUGCACACUAAAGGAGUGCCCACGGCUCAGCAUUCCGUACUACGGCAUGGCCGUGUGUACGAACGCCGACCUUAACCUGCACUACGACUACACGCCGCACAACAAGACGUUCAUGGCGAAUUACGGUGGCCCGACGUCGGACCGGUACACCGAGGCGAUGCCGAUCGACACGGAGUGCUCCUUCAAGUGUGGCCCCGGCUUCUACCUGAAGGGCUCCCACACCCGAAGCUGCAUGACGAUCUCGAAGUGGGACGGCCUGCAGACCCAGUGCAAGCAGAUCCUGUGCCCGCCGCUGCCGUCGUUCCCGUACGCCACGUACGAGCCGACCGACUGCGCGGUGUCAAAGUCGGCGUUCGGCACCAACUGCACGCUGAUCUGUGACUUCGGCUUCGAAAUGGAGGGCGGCGGCCCAUGGACUCGGCAGUGUGGCGGGAAGCGCACCGGCGUGUGGAGUGGCCGCUCGAAGGCUCCACGCUGCGUUGAUGUGGCGCCGCCAUUCCUGGAGUGCCCCGGCCACUACUCCGUCCUGAUGGACGACACUUUCCCGUACGCGCUGCUCCGUCGACUCCAGCAGCCGUACGUGUAUGACAACAGUGGCGAUAACUACACGUACUGGGUCCGGCCGGCCAUUCCCGAGGCUGGGCUGCACCUGGCGCUGGGUGACCACCGCUUCACGUACAUCGCGGCCGAUGCCUUUAAGAACCGGGCACGCUGUAGCUUCAGCGUGAGUGUGAUCGACCAGACACCGCCGGAGUUUGGAGCCUGCCGUGACCCACCGGUUCACUACGUCAGCCAGGCGCACAACCCCCAGGAAACGUUCGUCCACUGGGAUGAUCCACACGUUAUGGACAACAGUGGCAUGGACGGGUUGACGUUGACAAAGAAUGUCACCCAGGGGUACCUGCCGGCCGGAGUGCACCACGUGCGCUACCGGGCCUCCGAUCGGACCGGCAACGUGGCCGAGUGCAUUAUGCGCCUGGAAGUCCGGCAGUACAGCUGCGAUGAGGUGCCGGACCUGGGCCCGAACGGAGUGGCGGUCUGUGCGCAGAACGGGACGCACGUCUGGUGCGAGCUGAGCUGCAAGGACGACUACGAGUUUCAUAACCUCACGGACGACACGGUGACGCUGGUGUGCGAUCGCACCCGACCGACCUGGGGAGUCCGGCCGGAGUCCGUCCCCGAGUGCAGCCCCGUCGUAAGUCCUGCCGGCGUGCAGAAAGUCCUGACGGUGCGGCUCACCCAACCCCUACCGGAAGCUGCCUGUGGGGAAGCGCUCGACACACUGUCGGCGUUGUUCAACGAAACCCUGCACGACCAGAUGUGUGGAGAGCAACCGGAAUGCGCCCUGUUGACGAGUGUGCCCGAAUGUGGUGGUGAUGGCGGCGGUGUUGGUGACGUAGCUGAUAACGCCACGCGCUACCAUCUGGUCCGGCGCCGACGAGCCCGUCCUGGCGAGCCGCGGUCCGCGGUCAAGGUCGUCGUCUACCAGCGGGUCUCGCAGAAGCUUGGCCUCUGGCGUCCGGAAGGCAAAAAAUCGGAAAACAUCAAGCGCAUCAAGGAGGAGCUGCGUAAGAUCAACUACAACGAGCAGCUGCGCCGUCGACUCGGCGCCCUCAAGCUGGACCUGCGCGUCCUGAAACUGGACGAGUUGAUCGACUGCACCGCCGGCAGCGUCGCCCGCAACCUGCUCUGCGUUCAAUGCCCGCGGGGCACCUACCACAACCGGACGUCGGGAUGCAUGCCGUGCCCAACCGGAACCUUCAACGAGCGGCCGGGGCAGGUGGAGUGCCAGGUGUGCCCGCCGUUCCACAACACCGCCCGCCCCCACGCCAAACACGCGCACGACUGCAAGGCCCAGUGCGGCCCGGGGACGGUGGCGCGCCUGCGCGAGGUCAAGGUCCGUCGGCUGGCAUCGGACGCUGACGGGGAGACGACGGUGGUGGAGCCCGCCCGCUUCCAGAAGACCCUGAUGCCGUUUUGCCGUAAGUGCGAUGCGGGGCAGUACCAGGAGCACCACAACCGGCUGGAGUGCCGGCCGUGCCCGGCGGGCCACACCUCCCGCCGGGGGGCCCGCAACCCGGCCGACUGUUUCCCCCUGCAGACCGUGGCCCCCCCUCGGGGGGACGGUGGCGAGGAGCCGGAGCUGGCGGCGUUGAAUCCGUGCGGCUCGGGACCCUGUCUGAACGGGGGGACGUGUGUGGCGCGGGAGGGAGGCGCAGGUGGGGAAGGGUUCGAGUGUAGGUGCGGAGGGGCGUGGGUGGGUGGGCGGUACUGCGAGGUGUACGUGGAUCCGUGUACCGAGGGACUUUGCGGCGGCGGUGGGACGUGCGUGGAGGUGGAGGGGAGGGCGGUGUGUGACUGUGGGCCCGGGUACGAGGGGGAGCGGUGUGAGCGGCGACGGCAGGACUACUGCUCCCCGAAUCCCUGCCAGUCGGCCGGGAUCUGCGAGGGGCUGGGGGACGGGGGAGCCGAGGGGUACCGGUGUCGGUGCCCGGCGGGGAAGGUGGGCCGGCGGUGUCACCUGGAGCCGUGUGAUUACGAGCCUUGCGGGGGGCGAUCCCGUUGCCUGAAUGGCGGCGGUGGUGGCGGUGGGUUUCGGUGUGUGUGUCCGGGAGGGUGGCGGGGAGCUCCGAACUGCACGGAGGUGGAUGAUCCGUGCGAGGGACCCAGGUACCAAGGGGGUUGGUGUCAGCACGGGGGAAGCUGUGUUCCGGUCAAGCGGCGACAGGAGGGGGAGGAGGGCGUGGGCGACCCGGAGGAUGAUGAGGCAGGGUACGGGGAGGUGCGGUGCGAGUGCCCCCCCGACCGUGGGGGGGAGCGGUGCGAGCGGCCCGUCUCCACCGACUUUUCGCUCGAGUUCCCGGGGGUGGGUGGAGGCGGCGGGGAUAGCUUCGUGAGGCUUCCACUACCCGCCGGCAGCUGGGAGGCGGUGGGGGUGUGUGGGUGGUUCGCGACGGGGGAUACGUUCAACUACGGGACGCUCGUGUCGUACGCGACCCCCCCCGCCACCGACAACGCCCUCACGCUCACCGACCAGAGCGGGUUGGUGGUGUACGUGAACGGGCGGCACGUGGUGACGGGGGUGGCGCUGGACGAUGGCGAGUGGCACGGGGUGUGUGUGGGGUGGGCGAGCGCGGGCGGUCGGUGGGCCGUCUACCUCGACGGGGUGCCCCGGGCGAGCGGGGCCGGACUGGCCGAGGGGACGGAGAUCGCGGGCGGUGGGCAGCUCGUCCUCGGCCAGGAUCAGGACGCCGCCGGCGGGGGUGGGUUCAGCGAGACGGAGGCAUACCGGGGCCGGAUGGCGUACGUGGCGGUGUGGGCGCGGGAGCUGAGCGGUGCGGAGGUCGCCCGCUGGUACCACCGGGGUGUGUGCGGCGGGGGCGGCCUCGACGGGCAUCGAGACCUCCUCCUACGCUGGAGUGACGUGCAGCAGCGGGGGGUGGUGGGGCGAGCGGUGCGGACGGCACCGUCCGGGUUCUGUGGGCGGUGCGCCCCGAACCUCACCCUCGCCCACGGCUCGGUGACGUACGCGGAGGGGGAGCGGGGCCAGCGGGCCGUCUUCCGCUGCGACCGCGGCUACACGAUGAGUGGCGACGAAGGCAACGAGGCCCACUGCCUGCCUACUUCCCGCUGGACCCUCGGGAGACCCACCUGUAAACUGGUACGCUGCGGAACGCUGGCAUCGCCCCUGAACGGCCGGGCGAUCCUUUCGACCGGCAGCGGCGGCGGCGGCGCCGCCACAUACGGCGCCGUCGUCCGCUUCACCUGCGACGCCGGCUUCCUGUUGGUGGGCGACGCGGAGAUGCGCUGCCGCGUCAGCGGCACCUGGACCGGAGGCCCCGACCCACCCGUCUGCCGCAGCGUGGACCGCUGCCCCGCCCUCCAACCCGACGACCCGCUGCGGCUGGCGAAAAUCAUCUACGCCGACGACCGGGGCGUCCUGCCGAAGCCGCAGCCCUCCUACGACGUCGGCGUCCUGGCGGAGAUCCGGUGCGCGGACGGGUGGGCCCCGGAAGGAGACGACCUGAUGACGUGCCGGGACGGCGGCUACUGGGACAUGGCGGCCGAGCCGGGUACCCGGCCCCGCUGCGUACCCCGCCAGGUGCCAUCACCGCCGGCCCCACCGACGACGCCGCGCGUCAUCCGCGUUAGCCGCCGGCCGGACCUGCCCUUCUGGAACACGCUGCGGGACUUCCUUCUGCACGGCUGCCACCCCACCCCGAUCGCCGGGCGCUCGGUGCUUUGCCUCGAGCCAGGACUCACCAGCACCACGUGGCGGGACCUGACCGACUACCAGCUACUCCCGACGGCGACGGCGGAACCGCUGGUGGAGCAACUGCUCCGCCGUCUGCUGGCCACUGCCGCCGAUGGCGGCCCCGACCCAACCCUGCAACCGGCCCAACUGCUCCCCUACAUCCUUUUCGGGUUCCGCAAUGGCACGGCUUAUCAACACCAAAGUCGCUCCAACGGUAGUCAAUCGUGA